AUGCCGUCUCUCGAACGUCUGCCCAACGAGCUCAUCCUGAUGAUUGCCGAGCAAACAAACAGCCAGUCCGACCUCUUCGCUCUCACCCUAACCAACAAACACUUCUCCUCCCUUCUCCUCCCAAAGCAAAUCAAGCUAAACGCCAAAUUCCACCGAGCCACCGGCCUUACCUGGGCAAUCCAGCAUGACAACAUUGAGCUCGUGGAAGAAUUCAUCAACGCCGGCGCCAACCUGAACGAGCCCGUCUUCAAACAACCCGACCAGGAAUAUCCAUGUGCUGCUCCUAUCGCCCUCUGCCUCUCUGGUAAGAUCUAUCCACCGCUGUAUCAGACCGUGCGAUUCAGUACCAUGGAUAUCAUGGAGUUGCUGCUGGACGCCGGUGCCGACCCAUCUCUUAUGGAACCUUACCAGUUACGCUCCACGUAUACAUGGGUAUGUGCGUUCGGAAAGACUUCGGUCUGUGUGGCGAUCAUCAAAGCCAUGGUCAAGCACGGCGAAGACGCAGAAUCUUUGGUCCAGCUCACUCUAUCCUACAGAUCUAAUAGACCUUAUAGACUGGCUGCGGAUGAUGAGGCAACAGUUUUCCGGCGCGCUGUGUUGGGAGAGGAAUCCUGCGACACUGGUAACUGA